AUGAAGACAUAUUUCUCCUGCUGCUGCCCAUCCCUGAUCCCUAGCAGGGAAACUGCUCGCAUCUCCUUGCUCUGUGUGCUCAUUGCUCUUUACAUGCUGGCUGGCGCUGCCUUAUUUUCGUCCUUGGAGAGACCAGCAGAGCUAAAGGCCCACCAGCUCUGGGAAAGGAGGCUAAGAGACUUCAGCUAUGAACAUAACAUAAACCUUGAAGACCUGAAAUCCCUGUUGUGUCACUAUGAAGAGGCCAGGACUGCAGGCAUCAGGGCAGAACAAGGCAGAGCUCUAUGGGAUAUACACGGUGCCUUCUACUUUGUGGGAACAGUAGUCUCCACCAUUGGGUUCGGAGUGACAGCCCCGAUCACUGUUACGGGGAAGGCCUUGCUCGUUCUCUAUGGGUUGCUGGGCUGCUCGGCUACCAUACUCUUCUUCAAUCUCUUCCUGGAGAGAGUCAUAACAAUGCUAAGCUUGCUUAUAUUUAGGUGUCACAGAAGGAGAAUCAAACACAGUGGACUGCAGGGCCGAACCAGUGAAGAUGACAGAAAUGAAGACUGGAAACCAUCUGUAUACCAAGUCACAUUCAUCCUUUUUGUAGCUGUCCUGCUGGUUGCUUGUGGGGCUGCCUCUCUCUAUUCAGUCAUGGAGGGCUGGACUUACACACAGUCCCUUUACUUCUGCUUUGUGGCGUUCAGCACAGUGGGCUUUGGGGAUUUUGUUAGUGGCCAGAGAGAGCACCAUGAGGACACAUGGGCGUACCAGGUUGCAAACUGUCUCCUGAUGCUCUUGGGAGUGUGCUGCACUUAUUCCCUCUUUAACACCAUCUCUGUGAUCAUCAAACAGGGUUUUGACUGGAUGCUGAGAACACUGGCAUGGGUGUUUGAUGACACUGUGAAUGGUCAACAGGUGCAAGCUACCCCCAGUUCAGGCCAUGUCAUGAUGUGGCACUACUGUAUCAGAAAAACGCUUCAGCACGGCACCUCGGCUCAACCACCUUACUUCAUAUGCCAGACUGACAGCACGGGUCCAGUCCACUCCGACCCUGUCCAGUGCUUCAACGAGAGCGCUAAAAAUGUCAUCCGCUUUAGUGGUGUCUGUCAUAGGAACCAACUCAAGGAACUCUUCGGUGACCGUCAAAGUCUCAUCUACACCACGAAUGAAUAUGGCCAGUUGAGCAACAUCUGUAAUGUCAGUGCUCUCAUCGAUUGCAACUGA